CAUGCCAGUAUCUUACUCCUGUGCCAGUCAGGGUUAUCUAGCGGCAAAGAUUAUCCAUGGAUAAACUCCAUUUCCCAGAAUACCCUGUGGCCACUAGAGAAAAGAGAGGGGCCCUUUCACCUUUACAAUCUGUCCAAUCAUAGUGCGAGUUGUACGGGAAGUAGUAAAACCAGCCUCUCUUGACGGACAUCAGGCUUUAACGAAUAGCAGUGCGGGAGCGGCUGCAUCGGGCCAAUCACAGGCCGGGUGGGCGGGACUCCUGUCCAACAGGGCAUCGGAGGAGGAGGAGGUGUUCCUGGCAGCCAUCUUGGAUGUGCGGAGUGAUUGUUUAGCGAGAAGAAUUGUGACAAUUUUUAGAAAAUAAGCCUUUAUACUGAAACGUAGAAGAUCUACCGGAGUGGGGCGACCGAGGAAAGAAAUCGGAACUCGGAAAAAUCCAGUGAAAGAAGGCAUGAAGACAUCAUCCUAGUCAUCAGUCAUGGCCGAUAAAAGGAAACUUCAAGGUGAAAUAGAUCGAUGUCUGAAAAAAGUAGCGGAGGGAGUGGAACAGUUUGAAGACAUCUGGCAAAAGCUUCACAAUGCAGCCAACGCGAACCAGAAGGAGAAAUAUGAAGCAGACCUCAAGAAAGAGAUUAAAAAGCUACAGCGUCUUCGAGACCAGAUCAAGACGUGGGUGGCAUCCAACGAGAUCAAAGACAAAAGGCAGCUAGUAGAGAACCGCAAACUCAUAGAAACGCAAAUGGAGCGGUUCAAGAUAGUGGAAAGAGAAACCAAGACAAAAGCGUAUUCGAAAGAAGGAUUGGGUCUGGCGCAGAAGGUGGACCCGGCCCAGAGAGAGAAGGAGGAGGUCGGGACGUGGCUAACGAAUACGAUAGACACGUUAAACAUGCAGGUGGACCAGUUUGAGAGUGAAGUGGAGUCUCUGUCGGUCCAGACUAGAAAAAAGAAAGGAGACAAGGAGAAGCAGGACCGGAUUGAGGAGUUGAAGAAGUUCAUUGAAAAGCAUCGAUACCACAUCCGGAUGCUGGAGACGAUACUGAGGAUGCUGGACAAUGACUCUGUGCAGGUGGAAGCCAUCAGGAAGAUCAAGGAUGAUGUGGAGUACUAUCUAGACUCGUCGCAGGAUCCAGACUUUGAGGAGAAUGAGUUUCUGUACGACGACCUGGAUCUGGAGGACAUUCCUCAGUCUCUGGUCGCCACCUCUCCACCGGGACACUCGCACUUGGAGGAUGAGAUCUUCCAGCACUCCAGCAGCACACCCACCUCCACCACCUCAUCUUCACCCAUCCCCCCCUCACCUGCCACUUGCACUACGGAGAACUCUGAGGAUGACAAGAAGAGAGGACGUUCAACAGACAGUGAAGUUAGCCAGUCACCUGUGAAGAACGGAAACCCCUCAUCCUCGUUAUCCUCUUCCUCGUCCUCGUCCUCCUCCUCCUCCUCCUCGUCUUCUUCCUCCGUCUCAGGACUGACCUCAUCCUCACUGGUCUCUAUGGCGACCAUCGCUGGGGGAGGAAGCAGCGGCUCUGGGGGCAACAGUCAUCACAGCAUCUCGGGGGGUCUCCUCUCCAACACUUCCGCUGGCAGCUACAGCAACGCCACCCAGCAGCAGCCGCACCCGUCAACACAGCAACCACAGGCCAAAAACUCAGCGAGCUCCUCCUCCUCAGCUCCUAUCACCAACCCCAGCACCUCCACCAACAGCCACCCUGCCUCCUCGGCCUCCUCUCCUCCCAAUGCCAGCACACAGGGGCUCCUCACUUCAAACUCCCAGCCCCAGGCUCCAUUGGGGCCCACACCGACCUCCAACAGCUUCGGCCUCGGUCUGGGCCUCUCUCUGGGGAAAGGCGGCAUGUCCGGCUCCAUCACCACCAGCCCGAUGUCCGGGGGCCUCGGUUUGUCAGGGAUGCCGGCGUCCCUGAGCACCAUGGCAAGCCUUCUGUCCAGCUCCACCCCGACACCCUACGCUCAGGCAGCCGCCUCGGGCACAGUUGGCUCUGGCUUACCGGGUUCUCUGGGAGGUGUCAGCACCACGUCGACCAACAGCGCGGUGGGCUCCAUUGGCAGUGGAAGCAUCACAGUCGGCGGGCCGACAUCGUCAUCGGGAGGUUUGCUGGGCACGGGGGUGAGCAGCGUUGGAUCUGGGAUUCUUGGUUUGGGUUCCAGUCAGUCGGGAUUGCAGGGGUCUUCUCUGGUGUCACCGAGCCCGGUAGGAGGCUUAGCUCCAGGUAGCGGAGUAGGAAUCAUCGGGAGCAAUGGAGGCAGCUCGGGAUCAGGGGGGAGCGGAGUGGUGGGAGGAAACUCGUCGCUCUCUGUCAGACCGCCGAGCCGACAGAAGCAGAAUGGUAGCACUAGUUACAGUGCUGUGGUAGCAGACAGCACAACAGAGUCCGCCCUCAACAGUGCCAGCCAAUCACAAAGCAGCCAACCCUUGUCUUUGACCUCGACAGCCAAUCAGCCUAAGGACACUGGUCCCAGUUUACUGGGCUCUCUGAGUUUGUCGUCCAGCUCUCCGUCGCCAGCCUCUUACAGCGAGGCCAAAACGGUGAGCGGCGGCAGCCUGCUGAACGGGCCACUGUCCUACUCACAGUCCUCCGAUAGCAUCAAGCCCCAGGAGCCUCUGAGCAGCCUGAAAUCCAUGGCCGAGCGAGCAGCACUCAGCUCAGGGAUGGAGGGAGACGUGCCUUCCCUGCACCUCACCCCAGACAUCUUCCCCAGCAGCACUACGGCCCCCUCGGGUCCCCCGUCAGCACCUCAGCCCUCGCUGUCGGAGGUCAGCAUCCCCCCAUCGCUGGGGGUCUGCCCACUGGGGCCAGUUCCCCUGUCCAAAGACCAGCUCUACCAACAGGCCAUGGAGGAGGCGGCGUGGACGCACAUGCCCCACCCGUCCGACUCCGAGAGGAUCAGGCAGUACCUGAUGAGGAACCCGUGCCCCACCCUGCCUUUCCACCAUCAGGUGCCACCGCCCCACUCCGACACUGUAGAGUUUUACCAGAGGCUUUCCACAGAAACCCUCUUCUUCAUCUUUUACUACCUGGAGGGCACUAAGGCCCAGUAUCUGGCAGCCAAAGCCCUGAAGAAGCAGUCGUGGAGGUUCCACACAAAGUACAUGAUGUGGUUUCAGAGGCAUGAGGAACCCAAGACCAUCACUGAUGAGUUUGAGCAGGGAACGUACAUUUACUUUGACUAUGAGAAAUGGGGCCAGAGGAAGAAGGAGGGUUUCACGUUUGAGUACCGGUACCUAGAAGACCGAGACCUCCAGUGACCUGCAGAGAGAGACGUAGACGGACGGACAGACGGCUGAGAAAGUGAGUGAGGGACGGUGGACAGAAAAGAAACAAACGAAUGAACGAAGAACUUGGGUGGUCCACCUGCUGACAUUCCUGGAUUUGACCUCAGCUCGUUGGGGGGAAAGGAGACGUUCGGGCCAGAGGGGGGUGGUGAGUGGGUUGAACCCCUCUCUCCCUCUGACCCUCCAACCCCGCCUCAUCAUCCUCAGUGAUUAACUCCUCCCACCCUGUCCUCCUCCUUCCUCCUCCUCUCUACCACCUCUAUCAUCAGGCCUUUUAUUUCCAUCUUUUCCUGAACUGGAACUUUCUUUCAAACAACAACGAGACUUUGGUUUGUUUUGGCAGAUAAGACACAAAAAGAAAAAUCACACCUAAUAUCCAGACUAUCGUGCUUUUCCCACUCUGUGUUAUGUUGGCUUUAAAAGCUGUUGCUUAUAUUAGCCCCUUAUGAACCAAAGAUAAUUGGUUAAUCAUACAGUACAGGCUCUGCCCCCUUUCUAAACUGACUAAACCUAAAGAGGCUAAUGUAGAAGGUUCAGACCACAAUCAUAAAUCUGUGCAGCAACAUCCGUCAGGGCUUUGAGCACAGAGUGACGCAGCAGGACAGGAAUCAGGUGAAAAAUCUGACUCAAGUUUUGUAAAAUGAAGGAAGAAGUGAAAAUCCGCCGCCUCAAGAUCUUAAUGACCCGUAACCUGAACACAUAAGGUGCAGCUUCUGCAUUGUUUUCCAAUGAUUUGAAUAUAUAUAUGGUGGCCAGUUCAUUAGACACGCCUUCCUAAUGUAAUCUUUGUCUAACACAACCUGCAAUAAAUCCUACAUUUACCAAGAAUAUCAUGCUCAGAUUUUGUUUUAGAGACAUGUUGAUUUAACUUCGUGAUCACUUUGGGAUAAUGGAAAAAGCUACAGUUCAACACCACCACAGAUUACAUCCUCUGAAACGAUGAAGUUGAAUCAGCUCCUCUCUGAAACAGUUUCAACAAGAAGUCAACAUUAGAACCUUCACAAAGGAAGAUCUACUGAAUUAGAUCUAUUCGUUUUAACUAGGUGCACCUAAUAACGUCAUCAUUUUUUCUCAUAUUGAUCGUUUAAAAGUCUGUAUUAAUAUAUGUUUAAUAGAAGAGCCCCACCUGCAGUAGUACAUUGGGACCAGUAGAGAGGUCAGUCUCCCUUUCUGCUCACUAUCAUCAAAAAAUGUGAAAAUACUCCCCAACACUUAGCUCACAGUGCUUGGCAGUUAACACGGACAGAUACACCUUUAUUAGGUACACCUAGAAAUACAAACCAACACAACUGUUCUACCAUAACAUCUACUUUUACGAUGCCUUCAGUGUUCAGUUUAUACAAUAUUUUCACAUUUCUGACCAAAAGCCGAACAAGAUGAACAAAAGCAGAGCCUUAAGUUAUGGGUCAAUAAGUUCUAGUGGUGGAAAAAGGUUCAUGAAAAGUUUUACCUAUAAUCCUCCAAAAACUGAAUGUGGUUUGGUGUGAGAUGAGGUCAUCAUUUUGUCAGGAAACAGUAGCUAAAUAACCUCGUCCUCCUGCUCUGCUGCUGCUACAACAAGGGCUUGUUGAGCUUCAUCGCUUUGACACUGAUGAGCCUUAGAAACUGACCUUUGAACCAGUAAACCUGCCUCUGGUGUGCAGUGACUCUGCCUUCACCUAACCUGACUGCCGCAGACCGAACCCGACCGUCUGUUCCCCAGGGUGGAAAACAAACACAGCCACCAGCCAAAUGUGGGUAAAUGUUGCUCGUGGGAGGCAGCGCAGGCCUCUGUCACACUUCACUAUUUUUCAGAGGCCCUGUUGUUGUGUUGUUUUCUCGUGAAGUGGUAAAAGUGGCCGGAUUGUUUUGUGAAUCCGCCAGCCGCUGAGGUCUAAAAAUAUCCUGCCCUGCCUACUCCCAUCUAGCCACAGUGGAGGAGGGUGACAACACAGCCAGUGAGGUGUUGGUAGUAACUGUCUUUUACCUGGUGGGCAGUGUUAUGUCACAGUUUGCCUCGGAAACGUACUUAGAAACCAGAAUAUAUCUCACAAGCACCUGUGGCUCAACAGUCAGAUGUGUGUCUUAAAAUUUACACAAGAGUCAGUUCACUCAAAUACUAAAAACUACAUUUCCUCUAGUAGUAUCAGGUCGUACAGAUAGUUGCCACGUCUCAAGGUAUUUCUGCCUCUGUUCCAGUACAAUGGGGGUGAAUGUAAUUUCAUUUGUGGUGCUCACAGCAUUGAAAACUUAAACAGUAACAUCUGUCAACACAAACAGUGUCCUCCCUGGUUAACAGCUUCCACUGGAUCUACUCCCCGCUGUAAAAAUGUAGAGUGAAGAGAGUUACAGUUGUAACUGUGGGUAAACAGAGAUGUUGCUGUAGAAGUUGUUUUUUAAGGAGCACAAACUAAAUUCUGUUUGCCUCCAUUGUUCAUUCAGGCCCAGCAGCUGCCAGUGUUUUUUGUAAUUUGGGUGGACUGAUCCUUUAACGUAAAUCUACAGCAGUGAUCGGUAUGAGCGUCGUGGGUGUUGGAUGCUACCAGCAGCUGGAUGGACAGUUUGUUAGUCUCCCAUCUCCCUCCCUCUCCUCCUCUUCCUCCUCCUCCUCCUCCUCCUCCUCUUCCUCUUCUCUGUGCUGAAGAGCACAAACAGAGCAACACCAGCACUGCUGCCCACAUCUCCUCCUCUGUCCUCCAGCUCUCCGCUCCAUGUUUACACUUUACAGGGUUCGACCGAGCCGACUGGGCCCACAGUAAACACACACACACACACACACUCACACACACUAACACUGCCCAGUUCUUACUACCAACAACUCCUGGUUUCAGCUCUCUCCACACCCUGCAUCCUGCUGCCAACAAACUGCAGCUUAUUUUGUUAUCUUAUUUUUUUACGCUUGGAUUUUGAUUCAGUUUUCUCACCUUCGUCCACUCUCCCUCUCUCUUUCUCUCUCUCUCUCAGCCGACCAGCUCCCCCCUCCUCCCUCCCCUCUCCUCUUCACACCAGGUAGAUAUUUCCUUUGUUUCUCAGGAAGUAUUUGAUAGAUCAUUUUAUGAGGAAAUGUAUCCGCCAGCAGCUCCUGUUGCCACAGCACAACAACAACUAAAUAAUCUUCCCCGACAGAUUAGCACCAAAAUUUUAAUUUUUAUCCAUCAUUUGGGAAUCUUCACAAGCGUUUUCCCCUCUCUACACUUUUCAUUUCACAAAAGGCUUUUUUAAAAAACGAAAUAUUAUCCUCCAAUGUUUGGAGCAGCACCUGGAAGAGAGACCAUCUUUAUAUUUUGUAUUUUUUGAAUUAACUGUGGUAGUUUGUACUUUUUUUUUUUCUUCUUUUCAGAGAUGGGGAAAGCAUUUUAAAACCCACUGGAGAACAAGGACCCCUGUUCUUUUUAAAGAUCUUCUCCAACAGGAGUGUGGUGUGUUUUUAUAGCCAAACAACAGACAGACAGACAAACUCUACACCCAUUCACUUGACUGACAGUCCUGCUUUUAACCUUUUGUUUACUGUUUUUUUUCUUUUUUUUUUGACAAGUGGGAGGGAUGAGAGGUCAAUCCGAGAGCUGAAAUGUGAAUCUCUCUCUGCCCCUUGACAAAGUGUUGUAUAGACUCUCACUCUUCAAACCUCUCCUUUGUUUUUUUUUUGUUUUUUUCUCUUUUGUUUGUUGUUGUCGUCAGACAGCAUGGAAUAAUGACACUUGCAAAGUGGCGCUGAAAAAGUAAAUAAUGAAAUAACCAUGAAUAAAGGAUUGUAAAAUAUUAAAAGAAUUACUUUUCAGAAAAAAAA